UUGAAAAUUGGAUGUGAAACUGAGUACUGAUAUUGAUGUGAUAUUGAUUUAAAAAAGAAAUAGGAAGGCCUUUCCUGUACUUAAAAUAUACUAUAUGAUUUAACCUGUAAUUUAGUGCUUACGUUAAUUUAACUUUCUUGUGAUCAGAGCAGAUUCAGUGACGACGCAAAGAUUGACGAUAUAUUAAGAAGCUGACGAAACAACCAUGGCUUUCGCUGGGCUCAAGAAACAAAUAAACAAGGCUAAUCAGUAUGUCACAGAAAAGAUGGGAGGUGCCGAAGGCACAAAACUUGAUUUGGACUUCGUGGAAAUGGAGAGAAAAACGGACGUAACCUGCGAGCUCGUCGAAGAACUACAAACAAAAACCAAAGAGUUCCUUCAGCCAAAUCCCACAGCGCGGGCUAAAAUGGCUGCCGUGAAGGGUAUCAGCAAACUGAGCGGGCAGGCCAAAAGUAACACCUACCCGCAACCUGAAGGCGUUCUCGGUGACUGUAUGCUGCUGUAUGGAAAGAAACUUGGAGAAGACACUGUAUUCUCACAAUGCUUGAUCGAAAUGGGAGAAGCGCUAAAGCAAAUGGCAGACGUAAAAUACUCCCUUGACGAUAACAUCAAGCAGAGCUUCCUCGAGCCCCUCCACCAUCUGCAGACCAAAGACCUCAAAGAAGUUAUGCAUCACCGAAAGAAAUUGCAAGGACGUAGGCUUGACUUUGACUGCAAACGACGAAGACAAGCAAAAGGCAUCCUAAAGAGCCCCUAUUCGAGUCCAAGCCAUGGCUCAUUUCCGAAGCAGGACGAUGAGAUACGGCAGGCGGAGGAUAAAUUCGCCGAGUCUUUGACAUUGGCUCAGAUCGGCAUGUUUAAUCUGCUCGACAACGAUGUUGAGCAAGUGGCGCAGUUGAGCUUUUUCGCGGAAGGUCUGCUGGAGUACCACCAACAGUGCACGGAGAUCUUGAAAGGACUCGUCUCAACUCUCAUGGAGAAGAAGGAAGAAGCCGUCAACCGCCCCAAGUUGGAGUUCGUCCCGAAGACCCUGGCCGACCUGCACAUCGAAGGCAUUCACGAUCUCAACCAUGGUAGGCGCUACGGUUCCACGCAAAGCCUCCCACGCGCGCGCCUCCCUCCCACCUCCUCCCUGGGUGACCUCCCCACCACAGACCCCCUUCGAGCAUGGGAAACCCCCCGGAACCCCCCCAACCACACUCGCGAGGGUUUACGUCCAGCCCCCGCCCCCGGGUUCAAACCGCACCCCGCACCAAGGUUAACGAACGGAAGAGACCCAUGGACAGCGUCGCCGCUGCCUUCUCCCGUGAAGUCUCCCGCGCGGACGCCGAUGGCCCCAACUCCAAAGGGCCCGUGCUGCACUGCACUCUACGAUUUUGACCCGGAGAAUCAAGGCGAACUAGGCUUCAAGGAAAAUGAUGUGAUCACGCUCAUCAACAAAGUAGAUGAGAACUGGUUUGAGGGCUCGGUCAACGGCAAGACCGGCUACUUCCCCAUCAGCUACGUUCAAGUUACCGUUCCACUCCCCAACAUGUAAACAGUCCCAUUGAUGCAACACCGUACUUCGUACUUCAUACUUGUCGGUUCUGGUGCGUUUAUUGUUCUAUAACUAGACAAUUUUUUUUCGGAGAAUGAGGUAAAAGUCUAAGUAAUACAGAACGUAAGUAUACGUCAUAGUUAAUUAAUACGGGGAUAUUUUUCUUCUUUAUUUUAGAUCCAUUAUUAACUAUCGUUGAACUUUGAAGAACACAUUAAGGGUUCGUUCACUCUACAUUGUGAAUGACCUGGCACGUGCUGUCUUUAGUUGUAUCCAGACCGGGCACUGUCACUUUAUUAAUUUUAUGAAAGCAAAGCCACUGAGACGAGAAAAAGAAAGUAAACGCAGUAUAAUGUGCGUGUGAGUGAAAUAGCAAAUUAAUACCUUUCCUUUAUCGCGUUUCACGGGCUUUAGAUGGUAUUUAUUUCAUGAUACAUUUGUUCUUUUACUAGACGUAAGCGUAGCCUGAAUCCCCCUUAAAACAAUCCGAGCUGGCAAUUGUAAAUAUUUUUUAUUAAGUCUUUAAAAGUUCUGGUUUUGAAUCAAGGCCUAAUGUUUCAGCGCAUCAAUCGAUGCAUCAUAAUGCCAAAGAGUAAUAUUUAUAUUAUGACGCAUCCAAAAAAUAAGGAUAGGAAAUCAUUAGGUAGGUAUAAUGCUCUCUAGAAAACAUUGGGGAAUAGCAUUUACUUAUGGCCCUCUGACAUGAUACCACAGACGUUAUGACGUACUCAUUUAAUUUGUGGCAUCAUAUAUCUUGACGGAUGAACCGAUUUCAGUGUGGUUACUUUUAAAAGUUAAAACUUCAUAGGCUUUGAUGCAUUCAUAUGAGUUUUUUCCAUUAUUAUAAGGUUUUCUUUUUUCUUUAAUGUAAUAUUUUUCUAAGCGAACGAAUAUCAGCGAAGUAUAGUAGUAUAUAAUUGUUCCAUCCAUACCCGUACUAUCUCUUUCUAGGUCCUAUGUCGUAAUAAGUUGGGAUAUAUAGAUGGACACUGGUACCGCUUUGAAAUCGGUUCAUAGGUCUGUAGUCUACGAUGCUAACAGUGCUAAUUCUAUUGGACAUAAAUCUCUCAACAACUAAAUUGACAAGUCUAAAAUAUAGUGCUAAUAAAAGAACUCCAGAGAAGUGUCAAAUUGACUAGCACUAAUUUUACUACCUGUCGACUUGGGUUAGCUGUGUGGUUUGUUUACUUCAAAAUCGGCGCCAUUGUCGAGGAUUAAUUAAAUUAUGAUUUGUAAUACUUGUUGUGUUGUUUAUGAUCGGUCGAAAUGCGGUGUUGCUUUAUUGUAAUAUUGUUACAUCAUGUCGCAGUAUUAUAUAGACGACUUACUCGUAAUUCGAAUCUGUAACGGUGUCAAAAGCUCAAUGUUGUAGUUAUGAAAUAUUUACCCCUUUACAUAUAAUAAUAACAGAUAAAUUGAAUUAAUAAAAUUUACCAUCAACCUACUCCAUUUGAUAUUUGCUUUACGAGUCUUCCAUUUCUUUUGGUAUUUUUUUGUGACCAAUUAUUAUUAUAAACAACAUUCAUCCUGAGAGUCAUUCCUGAGAGUCAAUAAUUAUAGAAUAAUUUAAUAAAUUAGCCGACCACUCGAUAGUUCGUUUCGUGAGGAGGGUUUACUAUUUGCAUUUUUUUACGAAAUACAAAUAAUGCCGAGUCAAAUGUGUAUCACACCAUAAAUAUUUUACACAUAUUAAUUGAAAUCUUGCUUUUAUUUUUAUUUUUGUAUUAUUGCAUUAUUGAAUAAAUUUAUGACUUUUAUGUUAUAAAUCUGUGCCCCGAAUAGUUUAAGACAGUGCGACUUAAUAUAAAGGAACAAUAAUAUUUUGCUGAAGACAAAGUAACUACCUAGUCUACUUGUAGCAUAAUAUUAUAGAGAGUAGAGACGUUUAAUUAUCCUGCUCCAGUGGUUAAACAAUUCAAUAUUGAUAAUUUUGUUUUUUUUUUCUUCUUGCUGUAUAUAUAAUUUAAUUUUCAGUAAAAUGAAAUAGUUUAUUGUUUGUAUUCAACUUUUUCGUUUUACCCUCCAACGGAAGUAUUUUUUCAUUAGUGACGUCAUUAAAACUAGAUAUUAUGAGAUUAGUAUUUAUAGUUAUAUCAGCGGGUAAUUAAUUAUUUAUCCAAAUGGAGAUAUGUAUACAAUGUAAGGUAUGUUAUACUCGAAAUGGGAAGCGAGGUGAGAAGUUGUUGAUUCUUGCCAGAUGUUUGUGGCAUUUUGAUGUUUGAUGUAAAAGUGUAUUGGCAAGUUAUAAUUAUUAUUAUAAUAUAAGUAACAUAACGAGUUCAGACAACAUCUGGUUUUUCUAUCAAGACGCUUCAUAGUUACGCCAUAAAAAGUGAUGUGCCUAAUAUUAGGUAUACUUAAUAUGAUGCAGCGAUAGCCCACCGCUUCGUUUAAGUAAAAAAAUAAUCGUUUAAGCCCGCCAACCUGCGUUGCAGCAGUGUGGAAGGUCAAACCGCGUAGGAACCGAUUAGAGAUAUAUAUAUAUAUAUAUAUAUAUAUAUAUAUAUAUAUAUAUAUAGGUUUAAUAUUACCGCCAUACUCUUAACACGCUAGCUCGCUUUCAUCGUACACUGCAUCAUCACAUAAAACAAUGUGAGAUUACAGUUAAGCCGGCUAAAGUACUCUAAACACCUCUCCUACGACAGAGGAGACUUAUGGUCAGCAGUGGGACAUUAAAAAGCCGUGGAAACAAUUAAUAAUGAAUUAUCUAAUCUGUUUCUGGUUGUCAGAGUGUUACGAUUGAAAAUGCCCUUUGAAAGUUAUAAGUAAAUUAAAUUGCUAUAGUCUAAAUAAUAUACUGUUUAAAUGAACCUAUUUUAUAAUGUAUCUGCACUCGUUAUUUUAUUUAUAGCGCUAUAAUAUAAAGUCAUUGUGAUAACGAUAGAUAUCAUUCAGUAAUGUUGGUGCAGCGUCCCUUGUCGUAUUAUUACGUUUACAAGUUUUUAUCCGACUUAGUUUAUUUUAGUUUCUAGUUUUCUCAUUAGUUUAGCAUAAUAAUUUCCUUAGUCAUACUUUUAAUUUAUAAAUAAACAAUCAUAAUUACUAUAACAACAUCUAAUUAGAUAUUUACUAUGUGGCCUCAAAUUAUUAGUGUCGUUAAUGUAUUUUCAUAUUAAAUGCAUGCACUUAUGAUUAUAAAAAAAAUUUAAAUUGUCACAUUUCACUUUAUCAUAUAUCGGUGUUGCAGUAAUAUUAUGAAAUAUUUUUUCUAAUAUCACCAUUUUAGUCGUAAAUUUACGGACCCCGAUGUAUAACAUUUCAGACAUACAAAAGACAAUACCUAGAUCUAAUGUUAGUUGUAUGUAUUAUUCCGAGAGGACGUGAGCAAUUUUGAGGGGAUGUUGGAUCACAGCUGUGAUCACAACUUUUUAAUGUUGUUUGCUGCGUUACGAUAUGGUAAUAUGGACCUGAAAGAGAGUAGGUACUAAGUUUUGCUCUGCUAGGUGUUCCAAAUCGUUUAUUUUUCACCUGAAAUUGAAAAGAACCUUAAAUAAAUUCGUUAAGACAAUGUUAACAUUUAGUUUGAAGUCUGAUUUAUUUUCGGUCAAUAUACAUUCUAAACAUGCCAGUGACUAAGGUUUCUCGUGUGGGUUAGUUUUUUUUAGUAAGAUACAUUUUUAAUUACAUGUCAUUUAAGAAAAUAUUACUUUAAAUGGUCCAUAAUCCACAUCGGCCUAGCUGACAGGUUUGCCGGGAUGAGUAAACACAAACACCUUACAAACUCUUAGCUAUAAUGAAACACCCUGUCAAAAUUGCCCACAUCCUCUUGGGCCAUAAGUUCAUAAAUUAAUAAUUGUUCUAUCUUCAAAUGUCUCUUAUAUGUAAGUGUAUCGAGCAAAUUAAUUCAUUGGUGUUAAUAAACGAGGGUGUUAUAUAUUGCCUGUUCUGCGGCACUUAAUGGGUACCUGUCCUUGGUAUUCAACCGCAGUCGUAACUCGCAGCAUAUCGGUCAAUUCAAUGUACAGAAAACUUUAAUCUUAAAUUGACAGGAUUUGCAGUACGAUCAUCUUUUUUACAUAUAAAAGUAAAGAUACCUUUAUCUAAACAAUGGCCAGCUAUACGAGAUAUGCAUUGUAAACAAAGUUUGACUUUUUUGCGUGCUUUUGAAAUUGACGUAGGUAUAUAUUAUAUACGCUAUUGUCAUUACAGUUUGUUUACAUUACUAUCUCUCAAUUUCGGUGGUCUUUGUUUAUUUACUAAAGAUGACGCCACUGACCCCAUUAAAAAAUUAACAAGUGCAACAUGGCGGUAUGCGAAGGUACGGAACCACUAAGAUAUGUUUUCGCUUUUGCUGUAACUGUAACUGCGUGCAAGACCAAUGGAAACGUAUAACUAUAAUUUGAUAUCGUAAGCUAUGAUGAUCAAAAUUUGAUUACCUAGUAUCUGGUCCCUACAUUAUUUUAGGUGUUUUUUGAGAAAACAGGUUGAACUACUAUCACCUAAACUCUAAAUCGAAACACUAAAGUGUUUCGUUUUAGAGGUUUGUUUCAACAGAGUUGGCACUAAGGUCAAUUUAGUAUUAGGUAAUUUUAAAUAAAGAAAAGAAGAUGUUGCGUACUUGUUCCUGCCAAUUUAGAUUAUGACCACUGCUCUCUGUUUUACUUUUAGCUACUAAACUAUAAUAGAGGUCAGUGAUUAUAACAGUUAAAAGUUUUGUGUACCUUAGUAAAUAGUUAAUAGGUACAAUAAAGUUGUGGUCAUAAGCAUAACCUACUUCUUGGAUAUCUACCUACUCAAGAAGUCUAACUUCGUCCUUCUAAUAAUAAAUGGGUUUACGAUCGUUGCGUUUCAUUUAUAGCUUUGAUCAUGUACCUCCUCGAUUUCGAAAUUGAGAUAAUAUUAUAUGGUUACUCAAACUAUAAAUGUCUAGCUAUAAAUAUAGAUAUAUCGAGUGUUGCUUUAUGAACACUGCGAGACACGUCUACGCCACCGAUGUGUUAUGGUGCCCGUGUUGUAGACUUGAAAAGGUUUUUAAUAUUCUAUUUAUGUACAAAUCUUUUCUGUACCUAAACAGAAUAUUAGGUACGACGCGAAAAAGUAUUACUUAUGCAAUUAAAUAAAAUAAUAAGAUUAGAAGAGCGGCACCUGUUUAUAAUGUUAACUGUUGGCGCGAGCGAUUUCGGUGUGAUCUAUUUAUCAGGUAAAUGUAAUCUUGUUCAUGUUACUGUAAUUUUAAAUAAAUAUAAAUACUACUGUAAUUGGAUAGAUAAAUUGACAAUUUAAAAGAUGUGACACAUUAAUUUGUAUUAAAAUUUAUCCUGAACUUAUUGCUCGUUUUGCCUCCUAAUAAAAUGUUACA